AGUUCACUCGGGAGCUUAGGUCUCUUUGGUUGAUACAAUUCAUUCACCAAUGACGUCUUACGAGAGACUGCCAAAACGCCAUAAACAACCUCUUCGCGCCAUGAUGCACCAGAUAAACUCCAACUCACACAGGCAUGCCUGCUCAACGCAACCCUCCAAAUGCCCUAACCUGAGACUUUAUCCGGGGUCUGGACUGAGUCUUUAACACACCCCAUGCACGAUUGUCACAUUCCGCCCUGUAUCAUCUCACCAAGGACCCUGAGCAGAUCAUACCAAGCCACCAACACACCCCUCUGCUGGAUCCGUGUCUUCGCUGGGGCAUUA